GUUGGUGCUGUCUCUCUCUGCGUGUGGCUAGUGGAGUUACCUUCAUGUGAGUGAGGGAGCUACUUUGCUGCUUGCGGCUCUGAGCCUGCAGCAUGGACAUGGACUGCGGGCCCUGCUGCGAGGCUAGAGCCAGCGGGCGAACUGGUCUGGAGAGCAGGGGCACCUGAAUUGGCUGUUCAUGGACUAAAACCAACAGCAGCCUACAGGAGGAGGAGUGGGGCUGGUGCAGCCAGCGGGCUGAAAGGGGAGCAAGAAAAGCCAAAAGGUGGAGAUGAUGGCAACGCUACCAGGGAGCCGAGUAGUCGCGUUGACCUUCAUGUGCGGCAAGAUGGGAAGUGCCACACAGUAUCCAGUGCGACUGUAUCGAGCGCGGGCUUCCCCGCUGAACCCCGCGAGCGGCGGCUGUACCCUGAGGAGAUGCAGGUCCACCUCAUCCUUAUCCGGUUACUCCGAACUGGCCAGGGAAAGAUCGAAAACGGUCACCUCAUUCUACAACCAAUCUGCCAUUGACGCGGCAGCCACAAAGGCAUCUGUACGUCUGACACCAACUACCAUGUUGUAUUCGGGAAAAACCCCAGACGGGAGUCAUAACCUGCGGAGUGCCAAGUAUCUAUACAAUGAGCUACCUGUCCGCAUCGCCCAUCGAAUUAAGGGAUUUCGGAGCCUUCCCUUCAUCAUUGGCUGCAACCCCACAAUUCUGCAGGUGCAUGAGCUGUACAUCAGAGCCUUUCAGAUGUUGUCUGAUUUCCCACCAAUCAUUGACAGCAAGACAGAGACUCAGUACUGCAAGAUGAUUCGUCAGCUCUUAGAUGACCAUAAAGAUGUUGUGACGAUGCUGGCUGAGGGUUUCAGAGAAUGUCGCAAAUACGUGGAGGAUGAAUCAUUGAUCCGUUCUUUUCUGGACAACACCCUGACGUCCCGACUGGGAAUCCGUAUGCUGGCAACACAUCACCUGACCCUGUAUGAGAAUAAUCCUGACUUUGUGGGAAUUAUCUGUACACGGCUGUCUCCAAAGAAGAUCAUUGAGAAGUGGGUAGAUUUUGCUCGGCGCUUGUGCGAGCAUCAGUAUGGAAAUUCCCCACGAGUGCAGAUAAAUGGCCAUGUGGCAGCCAGAUACCCAUACAUCCCAAUGCCCCUGGACUACAUCCUGCCUGAGUUACUGAAGAAUGCAAUGAGAGCUACGAUGGAGAGUCACCUUGACACACCAUACAAUGUCCCUGACAUCGUGGUCACCAUCGCCAACAAUGAUAUUGAUUUCAUUAUCAGGAUCUCGGAUCGUGGAGGUGGGAUUCCUCACCAGAUCAUUGACAAAGUGACAGAUUAUCACUUCACCACGGCUGAGGAGAGCUCGCAGGAUUCUGCAAUGAACUCCUUUUACGGACACACAGUGAACAGCGGGCCCCAGUCUGGGCCAAUGCACGGGUUUGGCUUUGGCCUGCCUACCUCCCGUGCUUAUGCUGAGUACCUGGGUGGAUCACUCGCCAUUCAGUCCAUGCAGGGCAUUGGGACCGAUGUUUACCUGCGGCUCAAGCACAUUGAUGGGAAGGAAGAAAGUUUCCGCAUCUAGGUCAAGAGCCGGUCCAGCUUAACCCUCUUCUGUGGAGAUGAUCGCUAGGUGGUUAUCGCACUAACCCCAUCGCUCCAAACACAACUCGACAUGAACUGCAAUAACUUUUGAAGACCUGCUUUUGGAUGAGGACUAAAACCAUCCAGGAAGGUUAUCUUGGCUUCACUGACAGUGAAGGAGUUCAGAUUUGACUUGCUGAACGAAAGGGCUGCGGGAAAAUAUUGCUGUGACAAGCAGUUAUUUGACUUGUGUGAACGUGGACAGUGGACUCCUGUUAACUGACCCGAUGCUAACAUUGGCUACCAGUGAUCAUUUUGGUCAGCAGUGCCCUCUGCUGGUGUGUGUCUGCAUUUUCCUUCCAGCAAGGGACAAAUGGUUAACUGCCAAUGUUAAGCAGAAAAAAUCCCAGUCCACACUCUCUUUCUUUUUAACUCUUUGGAUGUAGAGACACAUUUAUUUACCACAGUUUAAAAUUCAGACAUCAUUGUACUAUGCUUGUAUUAAUCUUUUCUAAGACUUGAUGGUAACUAUUUCUGAAUUUGACAAUCAAUCAGAGGUUACCCAUUUUCCUAUUGAAGUUGCAGGUUGUGCUGAAUGCUGGAGGCUUGAUACGUUAAUACCAACCCUGUGUGUGUUGUGAGGGGAAAAUACAGUUUCAUUCCAGAUCAAACACUGUUUCAUUUAAUUUGUUAUAAAUUGAAAUUGCAGUAUUUUUAGAUACUGGUGCUACUUAUUUAAUUUGAAGCUGCAGCACUCUCACUAAUCAGAAUUACAGGGUGUUUGUACAGUCCCUGCAGGAAGUAACUGCUCAAAGGGAGUUUGAAGCAAUCUGUUCACACGUUUGAUGUCACAGCACAGCAGUAACCCAGCUGUUAUUACAGAUUCAAGAUGUGGGAAUUCAUUUUUGCAAACAGUAUAUGCUGCUGGCUUAGCCUUGCAAGCAUCCUUUUUGGUUAAAGCUGUGUUACUUUCACUAUUUACAGCUCAGAUCCUGUUGUCAAUUUGCCUUGUUAUUCCUUUUUUUUGAGCUUUAUGUUGUUGAUGUUAGGUCCAUGCACUGUCACCAGUUCCUCAUGGGUUUUGCUCUUCUUCCUCUGGAAUGCAGCCAAGUGUCUGGUCCCCCUUUGUCACACCUGGUUGCCCCAUUACUGAACAGGCCUUUUAACUGUUCAUCUGGGAAUUUUUUUUUAAAGCUACUGGGAGCUGUGAAACAUCCGGGUUACAAGUACAGAACAAAAUAUCAUAACGUCGAAUUGCCCGUAGGCCUGUUUUAUCUCUUUCUCUCGGGGUUGAAUAACGAUGAUCCCUUAAAAACCAAAAUACACCAUUUUAGAGUUUUCCCUCCCAUCAGACGGAGAAAGUUGAUUCAUUUGGUCAGAAUUGUGUUUUUAAUGAAUUAUUUUUCUUUGAGUAACCUGUUUCCUUCUAUAUCCAACUUUAAAAAAAAUUGUCCACUCUGAAGAUUUGUUCCCCCCCACCAUGGGUUGAAAUAUUCGAUUCCUGAUGGUGACAAAUUUAUAAUAAUUUGCAUUUAAUGUUCAGAAAGAGGUUAAUAAUAAUAAUAGAAACAUGUUCACUAGCCUUCAUGAUGUUUUAAUAACUUACUCACUUUGAGUUAAAUGUUCCACACUUAUAGGUCCAGGAAAAAUCCAAAAUGCUGACAAAGUAAUUCUUUUUUGAAGUUUCCAAGGAAAAGCGACUGCCUAUGUAUUUAUGGUAUUGAAUAUAAUGAAUAAUUAUCAAUAAAUUGUCACAGAAAAGGAAAGUCUAUGAUGCUAUGGAAGUCUCAAAUUAUGGCUUUAUUUGAAUUUUUAGCCUGUCUCUUGCUAGUUAUCUGCCAUCAGGAAAUGUCACAAAAAGGCUGUAAUAAAGUUUUUAAUGAGAAAUAAAAAGCACAAAUUCUAAAGUUCACAGAUUUUUACAGUUUUUAAAUAGUAACAGCGAGACCAGGGACUUAAGUGAAGUCUCUCCCUUGCCCAGAUUUUCUGGACAGCGAAAUGUUAACUGUUCCUCUCUCCACAGAUGCUGCCAGACCUCCUGUAUUUCUCCAAUUUGUGUGUCUUUUUUCAGUUCACUUGUUGGGGGUAGGAACACUGGCAAGGUCAGCAUUUAUUGCCCACAUUUUGCCUCUUCCCUCCACCCCCCCCACCCCCAAUCCUCUUAUCAAACCCAUUAGUUAGUGCUGAAGGAACUCCUACAGUGCUAUAGUGGAGAUUUUCCAGUCUAUUUUUUUGGAGGAGAGAAUGGUUCCCAAACACCCCUGCUGUUGUCAUUCUGUGUGGCAAAGGUUAGUGUUUGGGUUGUUGGGGAAGCAUGGUACACACUGCUGUCUGUGGUGCUGGUAAAGGGACUGAAUGUUUUAAGGCGAUGCAUCAGGGUACUGUGUCCUCGGUGGUGUUGAGCUUUUUUGUUGUUGGUGCUGCAGUCAUCCCAGCCUCUGAGUUGUUCUCCAUAGCUGUCAAAGUGAAAAGGAGGAGUAAGCCGUGGUAACGCAAUGUGAUGGGGGGGAGGAGGUGGAAGGAGGCCCGUAGGCUACUACCGCCAAUAACAGCAGCGACCCAGAGGGCCGGGAAGCAAGUAGCCAUUCCGAAGAAGCACAUUACUAGCUCCACCCCUUUCCCAUUUCUACAACUUUGGUUUUUGGGACAAGUGUAAAAUCUGACCAAAAGAAAAGCAAAUGAGUCUGGCAGCUCAACCAAUCCAUUUACAGUGAAAGUUUUCUUGAUAAUGUCAUAGUUGCAGUGAAGAUUAUUGUCAUACUUCCCCAUGGAAGACUUUGUGGUGAAGUACACAGCAAUUAUGCUCUCAAAAUUUGUUAUACAGAGAUAGUUCCUGGAUGCAAAAAAAAAGUUAAUUUUGUGCAUCAACCCUGUCUUUGCAGGAAUUUAGAAACCAAUUUGCUUGAUUGUUAACAAAAUGCUUGUGACAGCAGUGACUUUAAAUUUAUAGACAAUGGGAAAGAAGAAAAUGGAGUAAUUGCACACUUGUGAUGUGAAACCAAACUGCAGCACUUAAUGGUGGUCUUGUUUGCACGUCAAUUAUGCAGAAUACGUAUUUUUUUAGUAUUUAAAUGUUUUGCAGGUCAGCUGUGAAUUUUCCAAAGUUAGUGAGAUAUUUUGACCUCUGAAUGUAAUGAUUUAUGAUUGUGAAGAUACUUUGCAUUAAACGUAUUCAUGUGAAA